AUGAAUAUCACCUACUCAAUUCUUAUGGUCAAGAACUUCUCCCAGAACUCAAUUUUUGUUGCACUUGAAACGUCCCUAUCGAAGCUUGUCGCCUAUAUCCGUGGAGGAGCUGUACAUCGUACCAAGAAAUUUGUGAACAUAUUAGUCCCUUACGGCUCUACCACUGGAUCAUCUUCUGGCAACCAAUCCUCCACGAACCGAAUUGUCGAGCAGCCCUCCUACCUCCAGCAGCAACGUCUCGAUGCUUACAUUGCCGAGCCGUGGCAAAACGGCAACCGUCUGGUAGCCCUACCUGACAAGAUCAUCGUCAACAAAGCUUCGACACUACCUCAAGACUUGCAGGGCGUUGGGUCCUGGACCCCCUUGGAGGGAGGCAAAUGA